GAACUACCUUUGUCCAAACGAAGCUCCUCAACUGAGUUCAACAUAGUUCCUUGGAGGAUUGGUUCCCAGGGGGAAAAAAAAUCAUUAAAUAAGAAAAUAAUAGCAACUCGAGUUGCUCCACCCUUGCAUCACAUGUAGGGGAGGUUUGGGCAAUACUCUGCGACUGGGGAAUGAGUGACAAGGCUGCAGAUCGGAUGGACGCAGGCACUGCUCCCGGACUUGCUGGAACCGCUGACGUGCAGUCCAUAAAUGGGAUUCUUUCUACCAAAACAGGAGAUCUAAAAACACCUUUGACGACUCAUGCGGAGCUCAGGCCGAGUCAUGCGCUUGUCCCACUCGGAUCACAGCGGUAAGACGCUGUGUUAAGCCCACUUCAACCUUUACUUUUCCCCUGCUUUUUUUUUCCCGUAGCUUGGUAGGCUGAGCGGCACCAUGGCCAAGUGGGAUUACGACUAUCUGAUCAAGCUGUUGGCGCUCGGCGACUCGGGCGUAGGCAAGACCACCUUUUUGUACAGGUACACUGACAAGAAGUUCGACCACAAGUUCACCACCACGGUGGGCAUCGACUUCCGGGAAAAACGGCUGAUGUACACAGGGACUAAUUCCGACGGGGCAACGGAAAAGAACUUCAGAGUCCACCUUCAGCUUUGGGACACAGCUGGACAAGAGAGGUUUCGCAGCCUCACAACAGCCUUCUUCCGAGAUGCCAUGGGCUUCCUGCUCAUGUUUGACCUGACCAAUCACCAAAGCUUCCUCAAUGUCAGGAAUUGGAUGAGUCAGCUCCAGGCCAACGCAUACUGCGACAGUCCCGACGUGGUCCUGGUGGGCACCAAGGCUGACCUCCGCAGCAUCAGGGACGUGCACGCCAGGCAAGCCAGAGAUUUGGCUGACGGAUACGGCAUCCCCUACUAUGAGACGAGUGCUGCUACAGGCCUGGGCGUGGAGAAGGCGGUGCAGACCCUGCUGGACAUGGUGAUGAAGCGGAUGGAGCACAGUGCGCCAGAAACCGAGCACAACGGCAGCAGUCGGCCAGCAGGGGCAGCGCACGAGGUCGCCGUCUGGAGGAGGUGCGCCUGCUGACGUCACGCCUGACAUCACCGGACACUUUAUUAGGUACGUGCCGUCCAAUAGGAGAAAAUACAAGAGCUGUCUCAAUAAUAAUGCUCAUUGUAUUGCAUCUCAUUGGAUGGUGUAAGUGUACCUACUGAAGAUAAUUUGUCAUUUUUUAUCAUCAUAAUAUCAGUCAAACAAUAAAAACAAUAAAAACUUUGGAUUAUUCGCAAGCCAAUUACAGGACACACAUAGACAGCAUAGACACAUUCACACCUGUGAAUCAUUUAUAGCACUGGUGUGAAACUGGUGGCCCGGGGCCCAGAUCCGGCCCGCCACAUCAUUUUAUGUGGCCCACGAAAGCAAAUCAAAAUCGCUAAUUGUGUUCUGGUGUCAUACCAUUGAGAUAUAUUUGCAAGCAUUUUUUUGUUACCAAUCCCCCUUUGAAAAGAAAUGUAAUAGUUGAAAAACAUGUUUUUAUAGGCUUCUGAUUUCAAAACUGGUUAUUCAUCAAUGUGUUGUGUAUACUGUAAUUACAGUAUAUGAGGUAAUUUUUCAUUUAUAUGGGUCCACAUUUGUAGCGGCCCUCCGAGGGAAGUCAUAACCGCGAUGUGGCCCGUGACAAGAAUGAGUUUGACACCUUUGAUUUAGAGCAUUGAUUUAACCUUAGCUGACUUUUGGCGAACAAUGCGGGGAACACCCUGAACUGGUCUCCAGCCAAUUGCUGGUGACCCAGACAAGCAAGCAUACACACUCACAACUAUGGACAAUUUAGUCUUCAGUGAAGCUUACAUGCUUGUCUUUGAAAUGUGGGAGGAACGUUGACGGGGGGGAAAAAAACGUGUGGCGGUGACUCCGAAGUAUUGUUGAAAUAUUAGCCAGCCUUAUUAUCAUCUUGGCUAAGGCUAAUGCUUUCUAUGUUAGUUUUCUCCCUUGAUAUUCACAUUAGCCUGACUUUUUGUUAGAUGACAAAAUAAAAAGUAGUUGGCUGCCUAUUUGGAUUCUAGCAUAAACUCUACACUCCGUAACACUGUUAGACUUUUAGCUUCUUAGCUGCCAGAGCUCGUUACCAUCAUGGCUCAGGCUAAUACUUUUCUAUUAGGUUUCUCUCUUGAGAUUAAAUUAGCCUGAAAUUUUGUUAGAUGACAAAGUGAAAGUGAAAUCAUCACGUAAUCAUCUGUUAGCAUUAAAUACACACACAGACACAGACAAUUAGCUUUGUACCUUGCUAACCCUUUGGAUUCUCGUGAAAUCACAAGACUUUGUAGUAUUGUUCAACUAUUAGCUUUGUAGCUACCAGCACUAGUUAGCAUCUAGGCUAAGGCUAAUGAUUUUCUAUGAUCUUUUUCUGUGGUUGAACUUACAUUAGCCUGCCUUUUUGUUAGAUGACAAAAAAGUACAUUUAAAAACUAGUUUCCAACUAGUUACUAUCAUGGAUAAUGCAAUUAGCACAUUUUCAACAAGUUUUCUUAUGAAUGAUAUUUAGGUUUUUUUGUUUUUUGUUUGUUUUGUUUUGUUUUUUCAAAGAGGGUAAAACAAUUUUUUUGGUUCACUUGGAAGAAAAAAAUAUUUUUUAUUGGACAUAUUAAUAUGCAGGCACACAUUUAUCAUACAGUGGAAUAAGACAUUUAAAUAUACAGAUUUUUUUGGUCAAAACAACCCCCGAAGACAUUGAUGAUUUUUUAUAUAUAUGACAUGUUCAUAACCGUCCACGUAAUUACGUUAGCCAUGCAGACGUAGCAAAAGGUACAAGAAAAAAAAAAUCUUGUGAAUAAAGUUUCUUCUGUGUGGCACUUAUGUACAGACAGGUGGCAAAUUGAUCAUAUGAAAUAAUGGGACAUGUUCAAUGGGGGACAUGUGGACAUUUAUUUGAGAGGAAGUGUUCAUUUUUCCUUGUUGUCUUUGGUCCCAAUGCAAGUGGACUGUAACGACAAAAGUAAACAUUUCCUCAAAUAGUCGCCGGGGGCAUUUAUUUUUACUUUUUAUCUUUGGGCCCAGUGCAAUCGGACUUUAAAGACAAAAAUGAACAUUUCCUCAAAUGGUGGCCAAAUACAAUAAAUAUUGUAUUUAUUUUCAAUGCCAAAACGUUAUGGCAUUUCAUAAGAAGUCAAAAGAACAAACCCUUGCGCUCUCAGGCUUGGCUGAGGUAACUCAUGGAUUGAUGACCUUUUAGUUUGACAUUUAAGAGCUAGUCCAAGACUAUUUCCUUCAAACAUUCUUUUUGGCGUACAUUCCUAAUGUGCUGACACCCAGACAUUCAUGCACAGUUAGCGCCUCGUACACGUGACAUCAGCUACACAGAGUAAUAAACAAAAUAGCCCCUAGUCUGACAUGACAAGAAACGCUUUUGUUUGGGAAAAGAUUCUAGGCGUCAACAACAGCAACAGCCAAAAAUCAAUCUGAGCGUGCUCGCGACAUCCUGUGACAAGUCACACAGUCAUGAGGCACGCCAUCAUGUGUCCUCCAGCUUCUUAAAGAUCACCGACGACUUGCUUGGGUGGUCCCCCGUUUCUGAUAAACACACACUUGGAGAAAAGAAAUGUGACAAAAUGAGGCAGAACUGCAUGAGGUUUGGUCCCGUUUGAACUAUACAGCAGGAGUACUUGGAAAGCUGCUUAAGAUCCAUGUACUAGCAUGCUAUUUGUCCUCACUAAUAAGAACUCUGACCAGUCGCUCUGACACCUACUUUUAUGAAGUGUUUAGAGAAACUGGUCUGACAUCACAUCACAUCCUGUCUCCCACCCAUAUUUGACCCACACCAGUUGGCAUAUAGAGCUAACAGAUGGACAGAAGAUGCCAUUGUCACGGGACUCCACACUGCCACCCCACACUUGGAAGAGCAGGGGCGCUCUGCUAUAGAGGCUGCCACAGGAGUGGAUGCUGACUCCUGCUCCCUCCCAAUCCCAAAUAAGUAAAAAAAUCUAACUCGCUCCCAUAGAAAUCGCUCCCACUCCAUCCCAAUCCCCGGUGUUUAAAAAAAAAAAAAAAAACCAACAAAUCGCGAAUGUUUAAAAAAAUAAAAUCUCGCGCAGUACCAAAUUAUUGAAAAAAUCCUACCCAAUCCAGAGUUUAAAAACAAAUAAAAAAUUCCACUCCUGAGCAAAAAUGUAUAGAAUCCCACUACUAUCCCUCCCGCCCCACAUAUUUUUGUUUACUCUCAGUCAUUCUUGCUCACUUUUUGCUCCUCGGUAUGAAAUAUGCAUUACAUGUCUGCCUUACUCACCAUAAUAAAUACAUUGAAUUACCGGAAUGAUCAAGAAACAAAACAUAAAUUUAUUAAUAAAAGCCGUCUUAAUCCCUUAGUGUAGCUAUGUUUGGCUCGAUGCUGAGGGGAAAUUCAAAUAUCGAUUUGAUUUAAAGCUAUAGUAUGUAACGCCCCCAACAAAAGAACUGAGCCGUCGCUUCAAUAUGACGUAGGCAAUGCGUGUUAUGGCCCUUAUAUGUGAUUCUACAAAAUGUUACUGUUUUGAAGGACGUGUCAUUUCCGUGCCGUUAUUUCCGUCAUUUGCACUGCGCCACCAACCGAGCCAGCGCGAGAAAUUAAUAGGACAGUCACUCAAUAUAAAAAAUUAGAUACUGACAAAUACAGCAAGAUGUUAGAGGAGCUGAAUGGCUUAAUCAGCAUUGUGUCAUCUCCUCUCGUGGCGGCUUGGGUGAACAUUACUUUUUUUUGUUUUUGUUUGUUUUUACAAAACAUUUGUGGAUUAUAGCUUUAAAAUGAAAUACAAUAUAACUGCAUCACGCUUUCACUCCCACCACCAUGGUUUCCACUCCCGUCCAUUCCCGGUGACUUUUUUUUUUCCAUAGUUCCCGCUCCCGCUAGCUCCAGAUGACCUUUGCUCCCCCUCCUGCCCAAUCCUGUGAUUGAUGGUGAAAUUCACUCCCGUCCCACGGGAAUGCCACUGGACCCGGUGGGAAUCCCGAAAAAUGUCAGCCUCGGCUCUGCUAGGCUACUUUUUAUUUACUCUAAUUCUGCCUUUAACUUGAUACCACCAGACAUUCAAGCAAUAAAAUUAUUGGACAUUGGACUUCCACCUCUCACCAACUGCUGCUGGAUUAAAGACUGUGUGGGCAUCCAACCACAUGCUCGCUCACUCAUUCUUCCCGCCGUUCUCAGUUGUACAGGCCCCACUCAGACUCAUUCAUCCAAUCACAUUCAGACACCACUCGCUCAUCCAAUCACAUUCAGAUAUCGUCAUAGCCUCGCAGACUGUCGGAGCUUGUAAAACCUUAACACCAAUUCACAUAACACAGUUAAAGUUACAAGAGGAUGUAUUGGAUUUCUCAAAUUCAACCAUGUAUUGUCGAAAACUUGAAGUUAUGUUAUCUGGAUUGUUGUGAGAGUUUUAUAAGAGCCGACUGUGAAAGGGACUCAGAAGGUGUCUGUGACUGUGAUUGGGUGUGAAGUUUUGUCUGGCGACAUUAAUGUAAUUUUUUUACAAUAUGUUAUUGAUUGACCACCGCUUGUCUUUAUUUCAUUUUCUAAGAAGACGCUUCAAUAUAUUUUCUUUUCACUGUUACAGGAUGUUGUUUGAUGAAUUCCCUGACUGCUGACGUGAGGAUUUAAGGCUGCCAUAGACUUUAAUAAUUUGUGGCCGUGGUCCCAAUCUAAUUUUUAACAAAAAUAUUUCCGCACUCUUGAGUCACCCCUGCUAGUUUGCUGCGCAAAACCCACCUCCUGUUGAGUUUGGCAAGGCGCCGUGUUGCCAAAACCCAUGAUUGGCGACUAAUUGACCUCAAGCUCUAACCCUCAUUGCGGAGGGGUAAAGUCCAGUAGUCGGUUCAACCCCUAGUACACGCAUGAUUCUAUUUGUAGUAUUUCAAAAGUUGUUCUAUUAGUGCACCCUAGUCGUUUUGCUAGUGCACUGAAUUGUCUGACUAAUGAGAACAAAGAGUAUACUAGUACAGUACAUUGACCUUACGCUAGAAGGAUAUAGAAUAAAUGCUCAAACGGCUUUUCCAAAAGAGUAUCUUAUUAUUCACUAUACAGUCACUGGAAAUAUUCUUAAGGAAAAUUGCAGUCAGCAAUGCAAAGCAAGGUUAAAAGAAGGUUCUACUAAUGAAUUCUAAAACAUUGUUAGUGCCUCUUGCAUGCAACGUGAGGUUCGAGUAGAACAUGCUCUCAUAACAGUCCAGCAAGUUGUCUGCUUUAUGACACGAGGCAAUAAAAUCUCUCAUAAUAAUCUGUUUUAUGUGUAUACUCUAGUUGACGGUUGCCAUGGUGAAACCCGAAAUAAAAAAUGUUAAAUUUGAAUCUGCUCAAAAUGUUGUAUUUUCUUAAGAUUUUAGCCACGCUUAGGUACCGUAUCGUUACCAAGUCACAAAGUUGGAAUUUUUGACGAGAAAAAUAAAGUUUUAAUUUUACAUUUUACAUAAGUUUUAAUUUUACAUGAACAUCCUAAUUUUACAAGAAUAAACUUUUAGUUUCCAGGAAAAAAACUCAUUUAUUAGAUUUUAUUUAAUUAAUUUUAUUAAUUUAUUAGAAUAAAAUUGCAUUCUUGAAGAAAAAAAAAAUACUUAAUUUGGCGAUGAAGUUGUACUUUUUCGACAAGUCAGAACGCUACAACAAUUAAGUUAUAAUUUUGCGAUAAAAAACUUGUACUGUUACAUCUUAUAUCAAUAAAGUCCUAAUAGCAUGUUUUUAAAAAGUUGCACAAUUAUAAUUUUUUUUAUUAACGUUACUAAAGACAAAAGUUGGAAUGUUACGAGAAUAGUUGUGUUUUUAGGGAAAAGAAAAAAGGUCAUCAUUUUACAAGAAUAAAGUUAGAAAAAUAAUUCGAGACAAGAGUCAUGAAGUUACACUAGUAAAGUUUUGAUAUCACAAAAAAAGUCAGAAUUUUACCAGAAAAAAGUUAUGGAGAAACAACAAAAGAUGUAAAAAAACACGACUACUUAGUUAAAAUCACGAUUUUAU